AUGGGUAUAGUUGGUAGGAUAUAUAUCGCAACCGAAGGUAUCAAUGCACAAUUGUCAUGUCCAGUAGAGCAAUUGGAUGAAUUAAGAAAAUUUUGCGAUCAAGAAUUGAAGCUGGAGAAUUUGGAAUUUAACUUUUCAACAAUUCACGUAAAAGCUUUCCGAAAAUUAAAUGUUAAAAUCAGAAAUCAGGUUUGUAUAGUUUCUGAUGGUUUAGAAAAAGGGUCUUACGAUUUGUCUAAUCAACCGAAACAUCUCUCUCCUGAAGAAUGGCAUACAGCAUUGUCUAAUGCUAAAACUCCAAUCAUUCUAAUUGAUAUGAGAAAUCACUAUGAAAGUGAAUUCUGUUUACGUCUAGUUAAAGCUUGGGAUGAGAAAUUUGGUAGACCUUCUGGAUUUGAUGAUGUAAAACCUGGUUAUCAAUGCGUUUAUGAUCAUGUUCAUCGAACACGUCCAAAAUUAGUGAUUGAAAGAUUAGGUGGGGCGUCUGCGAAUGUACCAUCGGAUUUAGUUGAAAUGCUCUUAGAAAAAAAUUCAAACAUUAAAAACUAG